GAAAAUCAGGAAAACUGCGGAGAAAUCCUGAAAUCCUCUCUCGCGGUCUCGCCUCCCUUUCCCAAGAGAGAAGCGAACAAAGCACCCUUUCCUCCCCGUCGCGCCUCCCAAAGCGACAGCGAGAAGCGGGGAGGAAGAGCAAAGGAAGCGGCGCUGGGAUGGCUCGGCGGCCGGCGUCGUGGGAGCAGGGCGGCGACGAGUACGACUACCUCUUCAAGGUGGUGCUCAUCGGCGACUCCGGCGUGGGCAAGUCCAACCUGCUCUCCCGCUUUACCCGCAACAGCUUCGCCCUCGACUCCAAGUCUACCAUCGGCGUCGAGUUCGCCACGCGGACCCUCCAGGUGGAGGGGAAGACUAUAAAAGCUCAAAUAUGGGACACUGCUGGGCAGGAAAGGUACCGAGCAAUUACCAGUGCUUACUACCGUGGAGCUGUAGGGGCAUUGUUAGUCUAUGAUGUCACCAAAGUAAUGACAUUUGAGAACGUGAAGCGGUGGCUGAAGGAGCUCCGAGAUCAUGCUGACUCCAACAUUGUUGUCAUGCUCAUUGGCAACAAGAUCGACCUCAGGCAUCUCCGUUCUGUCGCGGUUGAGGAUGCAGCAAGCUUUGCAGAGAGUGAAGGCUUGUUCUUUAUCGAGACCUCUGCGCUUGAUGCAACAAAUGUUGAGAAGGCCUUUCAGACUGUGCUUGCCGAGAUCUACCGAAUAAUCAGCAAGAAGACCCUGCCAUCCGAGGAGUCUGGAUCUGGGUCUGUUAACAUUAGAGAGGGACAAUCCAUUCAAGUGUCGGGCACAAAUUCCAGCAGUUUAACAUCUCAGUGCUGCUCGUCAGGGCCAUCUAAAUGGUAGUUCUUCAGGUGUCCUUAUAUAUCUAUUCUUUGUAAAAAGAAUAAAUGUCUGACAACUUGACCUGCAUAGUCAUGUUCCACUGGUAGCUUCUGUGGGAGGAACUGUGUAUUGUUUCAGCUGAGAAGGAAAGUCUGUACUACGCCAGUCUCUUACACA